UUAUACCCAGUACAGUGUCAGCUCACCAGUCGGAAACGACUUUGACAAUCGAAGCAUCGGUUUAGAACCCACAUCGAAAUCAUGGGCAGGGUCAUCUUCUACGAGGACAGGAACUUCAUGGGCCGCUCCUAUGAGUGCAGCAGUGACUGUUCCGAUAUAUUCUCCUACCUGAGCCGCUGCCACUCCUGCAGGGUGGAGAGCGGCUGCUGGAUGGUGUACGAUCGCCCCAACUUCAUGGGAAACCAGUACUUCAUCAGGAGGGGCGAGUACCCCGACUACAUGAACAUGUGGGGCUGGGGCAACAACUGCAUCAGGUCCUGCCGCAUGAUCCCCAUGUACAGGGGCCCCUACAGAAUGAGGAUCUAUGAGAGGGACAACUUCAUGGGUCAGAUGAUGGAGCUAAGCGACGACUGCGACUCCGUCAUGGAUCGCUACCACUGGUCCAGUGGAUGCCACUCGUGCCACGUGAUGGAUGGCCACUGGCUCAUGUAUGAGCAUCCUCACUACAGAGGCAGGAUGUGGUACUUCAGGCCCGGAGAGUACCGCAGCUUCAGGGACUACGGCAACAUGAACUUCAUGAGCGUGAGGCGCAUCAUGGAUUCCUGGUAUUGAAAACCUCUAACAUGAAAAGCAAACAAUCAUUUGAAUAAACCCUCCAAAGCAGCAGAGCAAUAUUCGCAGUCUUUUGUUUGUUUUCUUGAAUCCGUAUGCUCUUACUAGAAAGCUGAAAUAGUCAGCAUUAUACACUGGUGAAUUAUCUGA